AUGUACAAUACUACUAAUGGAAAUAAUAAUGAUGAUGAUGUUGAAAGUAUAAUGAACAAUAAUAUUACUAUUGGAAAUAAUGGCUUAUCUGCUUCCAAUCCAACAAUAACAAUGAUAAAUAAUGAUGUUCAAGUAGUACAACAUAGUAAUCAAAGUUACACUGAACAUUACUUUAAAAGACGUGAUAUGAUUUCAAAACAAGCAUUAAUAAUGGCAAGAACUAGUGUCGAGGAAGCCAUGGAUUUCGUGGAAAAGAAUCUAUCGUUUGAGUUUAUGAUCAAUUCAACAGGGCCCAUGACGAUGGUUCCUGAAGCAGUAUUCUAUGAAAUCUCUGGAAUACUACGGAACUGGCCGUUUUUGUGCCCCAUUAUUGGACCUGGAGAUGGUAAACUUGAACGUAGUGAUGAUCAAUGUCCUCAAGUUGAACGUUCUAAACUAGUAUUACUUGUACGUUUUAUUUUAAAAGUUCUGUUACUAACAUCAUAUGAAUGUAAUUGA